AUUACUUGAUGACGUCAACAGUAAGCGCAUCGAUACACGAGGAGAAGGGUAGCAAGAUUUACUCGGCUAAUGUGAUCUUUGUCUCAGAUUUAAACCAUGGGGAAGCAGAAAACCAAGAAGUUUGCUGCAAUGAAGCGAAUGAUCAGCCUGAAAGAUCAGAGAAUAAAAGAGAAAGAUCGAGCCAAAGCAAAAGAGAAAAAGAAGAAGGACCCAUCACAGCUGAAGGAGAGAGAAGUGACAAAGUACCCAUCAUGCCUGUUCUUCCAGUACAAUACUCAGCUUGGUCCACCAUACCACGUACUUGUUGACACCAAUUUCAUCAACUUCUCCAUCAAGGCAAAGCUGGACAUUUUUCAGUCUAUGAUGGAUUGUCUGUAUGCCAAAUGCAUUCCAUAUAUCACAGACUGUGUAAUGGCUGAGAUUGAAAAGCUUGGACUGAAAUACAGAGUGGCGCUCAGGAUAGCCAAAGAUCCCAGGUUUGAGCGCCUGCCAUGCACACACCAGGGAACAUAUGCAGAUGACUGCUUAGUCCAACGAGUAACACAGCACAAGUGUUACAUCUUGGCUACUGUCGACAGAGAUCUAAAGAGACGAAUCAGAAAGAUCCCUGGAGUACCCAUCAUGUACAUCUCAAACCAUAGGUAUAACAUUGAACGGAUGCCCGAUGACUAUGGUGCACCAAGGUUUUAAGAAUUCUAUAGCUGGACCUGUAAAUGACCCGACGUUCCCCGUUUAAUGUUCUUUUCCUUUCAUGUAUAUUAAAAAUUUUGUUUGGAUGAUAAAAAAAAA